AUGUUCAGGAUCAAGCAAAUUUGCCUCGGGGCAGUUUUUGGAAAAUUGACUGGAAAACGGAAAAAGGAAAACGUACGCACACUAUUCAAAUCUGGAGCAGUUCACAACAUAGUGAAUGAAGUUGAAAAAUAUAAAGUCAAAUUAACAGCACUACAAGAAAUUAGAUGGACCAAUACAGGGACGAUAAAUAUGAACGAGACAACUAUCUUCUAUGAUAGCUGUACUGAUCAACGUCAACUAAGAACGGGUUUUGUGGUACACAAAGAUUUAGUCCCUGUAGUUAAAGAAUUCAAAGAUAUUAACCAUAGAAUAAGCAUGUUAACAAUAGAAGCUAAAUGGUUCGAUAUAAGCCUCAUGAAUGUACAUGCUUCAACAGAGGACAAAUCUCAAGAUUAG